CGCACCAAGCCGGGCCGGGGGCGCUGCAGGAGGCUCGGCCCACUGGGGACCUCGGAGGCGAGCGUGGGCGUGAUGAGCCAGGUGCUGGGCAAGCCGCAGCCGCAGGGUGAGGACGGCGGCGACGACGAGGAGGAGGAUGAGCUGGUGGGGCUGGCGGGCUACGAGGACGGGCCCGAGUCCUCGGACACCGAGCUGGACAGCGGUCCGGAGGAGGGAGUUCUGGACUUCAGCGACCCCUUCAGCACUGAGGUGAAGCCCAGAAUCCUGCUGAUGGGUCUCAGGAGGAGCGGCAAGUCGUCCAUACAGAAAGUCGUCUUUCACAAAAUGUCCCCGAGUGAGACGCUGUUCCUGGAGAGCACCAACAAGAUCUGCAGGGAAGACGUCUCCAACAGCUCCUUCGUUAACUUCCAGAUCUGGGACUUCCCAGGGCAGAUUGACUUUUUUGACCCUACAUUUGACUAUGAGAUGAUCUUCCGGGGAACAGGAGCCCUGAUCUUUGUCAUCGACUCCCAGGAUGACUAUAUGGAAGCACUGGCCAGGCUCCACCUCACAGUGACCAGGGCCUACAAAGUGAACACUGAUAUCAACUUUGAGGUGUUUAUUCAUAAAGUGGAUGGUCUGUCAGACGAUCACAAAAUUGAAACCCAAAGGGAUAUUCACCAGAGGGCAAACGAUGACCUUGCGGAUGCUGGAUUAGAAAAAAUUCACCUGAGCUUCUACCUGACAAGCAUAUAUGAUCACUCCAUAUUUGAAGCCUUUAGUAAAGUGGUACAGAAACUGAUCCCACAGCUCCCGACGCUGGAGAACCUGCUGAACAUCUUCAUCUCGAACUCUGGAAUUGAAAAAGCGUUUCUGUUCGAUGUGGUCAGUAAGAUUUAUAUUGCGACUGACAGUACUCCAGUGGACAUGCAGACGUACGAGCUCUGCUGUGACAUGAUAGAUGUGGUGAUUGACAUCUCUUGUAUUUAUGGUCUCAAAGAAGACGGAGCAGGAGCCCCAUAUGACAAGGAGUCAACGGCCAUUAUAAAGCUGAAUAACACAACAGUUCUUUAUUUAAAAGAGGUGACAAAGUUCUUGGCGCUCGUUUGCUUUGUCAGAGAGGAAAGCUUUGAAAGAAAAGGGCUCAUAGACUAUAAUUUUCACUGUUUCCGGAAGGCCAUCCAUGAAGUUUUUGAGGUGAGAAUGAAAAUGGUGAAAUCUCGAAAGGCCCAGAGUCGGCUACACAAGAAGAAAGGACCCACUGCUAAUGGAACCCCUCGAGUGUUGCUGUAGGGGAACGGCAACGCCUGAAUCCAGACCUCAGUGAUGGGACGGCAC